UCCAGGAAGCCUGGCGGGGCGGAUAUAAAAGGGUCCGCCCAGGAUACGUUCAACUUGUUUUGGAUCAUUUUGUGGAACGAGACUCCGACAAGGAGGCUGAAUCAUGAAGACAAUGCCGGAAACAGACGAGGCAAGCAACGACAGAAAGCUAAUAAAAUCCCAAGCGGAGAAGCGUCGACGUGAGAGGAUGAACCACAGUCUGGAGCGUUUGAGGAUCAUGUUGAUGCACCAGCCGCAGCAGCAGGAUGUGUCUCAGCGUCGUGUUGAGAAGACCGAGAUCCUGGAGAACACGGUCCUGUUCUUGCACAACACGGCCACCAAAGCAAAGACGACACCAAGCGGGCCGUCCUACCAAGACGGCUUCUCCGCUUGCCUGCAGAGGGCCGCCCACUUCUUGGGCCCCGAGGCGAAAGGCCUGUGGCUGGUGGCCGCCCGGGACGCUCAUUCCUUCGCUGCCCGCUCCGUGGAACACCCCUCCUCCGCCGCCUCCUCCUCCUCCAUCCUCCACGUCCUGAGACAGAAGUCCAAGCACAGGCUGCUGAGGCGAGCCUCGGGGGUCUCGCCCAGCGUCCAGCCCCCCAGGACCCUCUCACAGCCGCAGGGACCAAACUGGCUGGAGACCUGCGUGGAGAGCCACUCGGCCAGCCCCGCCCCCAGCCAGACUCUGUGGAGGCCGUGGCCUUGAUGCCUCCUCCACUUUGAACUUUGACCUCCAUCAUGUAUAAUGACCUUUCUAGGUCAACGUGACCUUGAGGCUGUAAAUAAUGUAAAGACAUCAUUUGUACGUAGAUGUAUAUGUCACAUGUCCACCCGCCGUAGAGAUGUCAGCUUGAUUAAGCGGCGACCUCUGCUUUAGAGGUGAGUUUACACACACGCAUGCACGCACACACACAGGCGUCCAUUUUGGAUCUUUGAUAAUGACCGCAUGUGGCAUUUCCAGAUGCGGAGCUUCCGGCGUUGGAUGCGGGCAGAGUAUCCAAGACAGUGCAUCUUCAUGCAUGAACAAGCUUUGUCACCUUUUUUUUUUUUUCACAAAUAUAUAUGACUUGUAUAUUUUGCACAUUAAUUUAUUAUUUAUGUCCAGACAUUUACUUUUGUUACCAAAUAAACACAUUCCAUGUAAAAACA